AUGGAGUGCUGCAACUUUAAUUGCCAAAAACCAGCAGAAAACUCGCAAGCAUGCCCGCUAUGUAACACAUAUAAAUAUUGCUCAGAAGAAUGCCGACGCCGCGACUGAAUCAGCUCUCAUCAGUUUGCUUGCAACCAAGCCCAGUCCUACACCUUAGAAGAUUUCCAAGAGGUGCAAAAUCCAAACCUAAAAAUAUUAGGAAAAGGAUCAUAUGGAGAAGUAAAACUCGUGACUCAUAUAAAAACUGGGAAUUAUUUUGCUUUAAAACAAAUAAAAACAGAAAUUCUUAAAAAGCACUCAUCAGUAUCCGUUUUAUUAAGAGAAAUCAAUAUUCAUAAGUCUUUAAGACAUCCCAAUAUAAUACAGCUUUAUCAGCAUUUUGAAAGCAAAGACAGCGUAUAUAUUCUGCUUGAGCACGCAGCCCAAGGAAACUUAUUCAGAUUAAUCAGAAGAUACCGAGGAUUAUCUGAGAAAAAAGCUUGGCAUUAUUAUUCUCAGACUUGUAUCGGAUUAAAAUAUCUGCACGACAAUCAAAUAAUCCAUAGAGAUUUAAAGCCAGAAAAUAUUUUGCUUGAUAAAGACAACAACGUAAAAAUUUGUGAUUUUGGAUGAUGCGUCCAAAGUAAUGAAAUGAGGACAACCUUCUGUGGAACAUUAGACUAUAUGGCUCCUGAAAUGGUCCUAGGGAAAGGCCACUCUUUUCAGCUCGAUUUGUGGGCGAUGGGUGUACUUUUGUAUGAAUUAAUUCAUGGAUAUGCUCCUUUCAGGGCUGUAGCAGAUUCUGAUAAAUGCAAACAGAUUUUGGCUUCUGAAGUAAUUUAUGCGUCACAUGCAAGUCCUGAGGCCAAAGAUUUAAUUUCGAAAUUAAUCCGUGUAAACCCUGAAGAAAGGCUGUCACUUGACCGCGUUCUUUCACAUCCUUGGAUGUGCAAGUUUGCCCCUGUGUCUGAAUAUAAAAUAAAUCAAAGAGUAAAACAUAAAGAAUAUGGCAAAGGGGUUAUUACGGAUAUCACAGGGUUGCUAUGUACAAUUCAUUAUCCGUCAAAAAAUAUAGACAAAUAUAUAUAUUUAUUAAUAUGGUAAUUAAAAAUUUUAAUAUAAUAAAUGCUAUUAAAAGAUUUUAUGGUAAUAAGUAUAUCUAUAACUGAUAUUAAUUUAUUAGUUGACAUUUUGUCUGAUGAAGAUGAAGAUUUAAGGCUUGAUAACAAUCCAAGAAUGACUAUUGGGACUAAAGAACGCUUACUUUUAGAUAAAUUUCAAAGCUGGAUUAAUAAGCCCACGAGAGGUAAAAAAAGAAAAAAGAAUGGAAAAAACAAUGCUAUUAAAAAUGCUCAAGAAAUUAAAGAAAUUGAAAGGAAAAAAGAAAGAAGAUCGUCAAUUCAAUGCUUUGAAGACGUAGUUGAAAGGUUUAGCUUAAAAAAUCAUAAUGGAUUUGAAGAUGUAAAUACUAAUAUUGCGUUAGAUCAAGAACGGCAAAUUGUAAGUAUUGAAGAGCCAUCUCCAAACAUUGAAUCAAGUGAUGAAGAAAAUUAUAAAAAUAGCAUCAAUGUUUUAGAUACAGACUCUUAUGGAGCUGGGCUCUUUGAUUCAUUGCAAGAAAUAUAUGACAUAAACCAAAAUCGUAGGCAAAAACUCAAUCAAGCCAUUGUUACAACCUCAGCUAUAAAAAUAGCAAAAAAACAGCCUAAGUUAAAACAUAUGCAAUUUAAUGAAAAUAAAUUGGCUGAAGCGAGCAUAAAUUCUAAGGCUCAGUGCUAUUCGAUUUGAAUAUUUCCUUUGUGUGACAUUUUCUCAGGGUAUUUUGGUCAAAAUUUUUUCCUCAUAAAAAUUUGAUAGAAUUUUAACGCUUUUUUUCUGGGAAAUGCCAUAAGAAAAAAACGCCAGACCAAAAUUUCAUAGGAGAAAAAAAUCCUAUCAAAUGGCUGACAGCGAAAUUCUAACUAUAGUCCUCAGGCUAGAUCAACCAUUGAUACAAGUGCGACUGCUCUUAAACAGAAAGAAGAUGAGCUAAAGCGUCUGACUCAAGGCCCAGAAUUCAGACAAAGCCGUUCAUCACAAAGCCGUCCAUCAAAUACCAAACCCAAAAAACCUCCUGAAUCCUCGAAAGAGGUUCCAUGGUACGCAAAGCUUUUUGGGUGUACUGACCGACAGUAG